GGUUCAGUGCCUUAAGGUGCACGACGUGCUACGGAUUAAUAAACAAACAAAACAAAAAAUGAAAUAAAUUUAAAGAAAAAAUUUAAAUACUUUAAUGAAUUGGAAUAAUAAACAAAUAUUGGAAACUAAUUGUUUGAAAAAAAAAAAAAAAACAAAUAAUAUUUAGUGAUUAACAAAACAAGCUAAUUUGAAACAAUUUUGUUAAUUCACAAUUACAAGGAAACUGAAAAUAGAAAAAUUAAAUGCAAAACUAAAACAAGUAUUAAAAAAUAAUAACAAAUAAAAAAUAGCAAAACACAAAAAAAUUAAAAAAAAAACUCAACCAUAAUAUUGUAGUAUGAAGUCAUCUUCCGUUAAAAUUUGCAUUAUUUAAACAAAGUGAAAAACUUGCAAAACAAACAGUAAUAAUGAUUUAAUACAACACUAAAUAAUAAGAGUAAAAACUAAACUAAACUAAAGUAAAAAAUAAACUAAUUAAUGCAUUUUAAAAGAAAGAAAAAGAAAAAAACUAAAUCAACAAUAGAAUAAUGAGAAAAUUACACUAUUCAAAAUGGCUAGACAAUAUUAAAGUUAAAAAACAAAUAAUAUAAACGAAAACCUUAGAAAUUUUUUCCAAAGUCAAAAAAAAAAAAAAAAAAAAAAAAGCACACACAUAAAAAUCUAAAAUUAUUCUUGAACACGAGCAGUAUCUUUUUCAUAUAAAAAGUUGUCACACAAAUAAAUGAAUGAACUAUUUCAAAUGAUCGAAUGGUGGUGAUUUUACUAUUGCCGCCAUAUUCUACAAAUGGCUGUGAUGGAAGAUCAAAUGAAAGCAGCAGUCCUGCCACAUCGACAACAUCAACCGGCGAAACUGCCAUACACAAUAUCGACUAUAAUCUACCACAACAACACCAGCAACAGCAACGACAACAAGUUUCUUCUAAUAGUAAAUCGUUGGAAGAUUAUAACAAUAAUAAUCAACAAAUUGCUUCAUCGUAUUAUUAUACUGCCACACCACCAGAACCACCACCAUUAUCAGCAACAACUGCAGAAUUUUAUCCUUAUAGAGAAAACGCUACUCCUCAGCUUCAUCAUACUGCUACUGCUUUAUCAGAAAAUACUACUAGUCAUUAUAAAUAUUCAACAGUUUCACCACCCCCGCCUCCUUUACCGAAAAGUAAACCACCCACUUAUGUUGCGGCUAGAAAUCAACAAGAAGAAUUUCUAUUCUACGAUCAAAAUGUCAAUACUGAUCCCCGUAACAAUGUUAAAAUAUGUGCAAAUAUUGUACCAAAACCACCUCGCUGCAGAUCACAGUCACAUCCGACUUUGGCCACAAUACCAGAGCAUUCAAUACAGCAACAAGAGACGCUCGCAAAGAAACCGCCACCACCGACCGCAGUAUCCACAAGCACACCUACAUCCUCAACUACAACUGCAUUUCACAAAGCCCCUAGCAGCAAAAACAAAAACUAUUUACCACCCUCCAACUCUUCCAAAUCUAAAACAUAUAAGAAUUCUAAUUAUAUUACUAACACCACUAAUUAUGUCCGCCACGUAACCCGUGUUAAUUUCUAUGAUAUCGAUACUUCCCAGGUCGAAUACGAAUCGAAGGAUUAUGAUGGCGAUGAUAACGAUAAUUUAACUCUAGACGAUGAUAAUAAUACGGAAGCUUUAACCAAAGAAGAAGAAUGGAUAACAAAACGAAAAACCGAAUUAACAACAACACGUCAAAUCGAAACUCAUGUCAAACGUCAAGUGGUUUUCGAAGAUGGCAAAGUAAUUGAAGACAGUGGACCCAUAGUAUCAACAAAUACCACAGAGGAUACGGAUAAACAAGAAACUGAAACAACAGAGAAACGAGAUUUAGGUUUACCAGUUGCCUUAAAUCCAAACGAUAUCAACAAACACAAAGGUGCUUUGCAAUAUGGCAAAGAUACGGCAGCGGGAGCAGCCGAAGACGGAGGUGGCGGUGAAUUGGCAGAAUUGGAAAAUGCUGGGGGCACAUUAGUCAAGAGCAUUGUACCUAGACCGGCUGAUGGUCUAGUGAGAGAGAUCAAUGAGAAACGGGUAGUGACGCAUGAAGAAAUAAAAGAUUAUAUUGAAACGGAAGAUGUCAAACAUAUGGGCGAUUUUUCCGAUGAGGCCUUUGUAAAAGCUGUAACUAGUGGUGUAGAAAACGUCGAAGAAGUCUUACUAUCGCCAGAAUAUCAAAAACAAUUAGUGCCACGCGGACCGCGUAUAGUGGCUGAUAAAACGAAGUCUUUUAAAACCAUAGACUCGGAGAAUGUACAGAAGAGAUCUUUGGCCCAGGACGAUGGUAAGAUAAUAACUGAAUCGAAAAAAACCACCGAGCACGAGGUUAUAGUAGAUGACGAACUGCCAGACAAUAAGUCGGUCGAAAGUACAGAACAGAUUAAAACUUUAGAAGCUAAUCAGAGAUAUUUUAAACAACGUGAUGAACAACAUGUGGAUAUUAUUAAAGAUGGCAAAGUGGUAGGCACUGAAAUGAAAUACGCUGCCGAGACCAUGCACAUGGAAAAUGAUGAUAUGCUGGAACGUCCAGGUGAUUGGGAUAGUUUAUCAGAUCGUAUGAGAAAAAUGCGCAAACCCCACAAUAAAUCUAUAAUGCAGCACCCCAAAGGUGGUGUUUUAAUGGAUCGCAAGGAUGCUCUAACCAAACGUCCUUUAGAUUUCGACAAAGAAGAAGAAACUCGCAAAGGUGAAACUAUUAAAUGGCUAGAAUCACAUUUUGGCAGCGAAUCGACAGCUUCCAAUGAUUCACGUGAGGAAGAUGGAGCAGAUGUCAUUGAACCAACUAAGAAAACUUACUUUAAUGUUACUAUCAAAUCUAAUCAAAAUCACACUUCUACCAAUGCCCACUAUGACGCUAACGACAAAAAGCCCUAUGUCAAGCGUGGUGUCCCCCUUGAUAAUCCCCCUCCGUCCAAUAAUGGCGCAAAAUAUUAUCAAGGUAUUUCAAAUUGGAAUAAUCGCAAUGAAGCGGCUAUAACGCCCACAACACCAGCUAAUCAUUUUGCUUCCAAAGCAUUUCGUGAUGAUCUCCAUGCUUCCAUAGAACGUAAUCAAUUAAAAAAAACGAGUGCUGUGUAUUCUAAAAAGGAUAAUUAUAUAGCAGAAAGUAAACCCUACAUAAAACCCAUAUCCAGCGAUAGUUAUGUUAGUCGUGAAGAUAUUUUGCAACAGAAGAGACAAAGUCUUUCCUCACAAUUUUUAGCGAGAUCAAGACAAAAUUCUCGCGAUCAUUUAGACGAUUUGGAUAAGGCUGGACCGGGUUCUUUCGAGGAUAGCCGCUAUAUAAGUGGCUCACGCACUGACCUGCACUAUGGCAUGAAUAUUAAAGAUAAGGAGAAGCGCAAUUAUACUAGAGCUGAAAUAAUAGAUGAUGUGGAUUCACCUGUAUCACCACGUAAGAAUUCUUAUGUAGAAGAGCGAUCAAAAUCUUAUGAACGCAGCUAUAUAGAAAAUGCUCGCUAUAAUUCCUUGCGACGAGAAUCACAGCAACAUGAUUCUCCCUCGCCACACCGGGAAGUGAGUACUUUAGAAAGACCCACCGUGCCUCAACGUAGAAGAAAUGGCGAGAAGAAGUUGCGUCAACAUACUGAGGUGUUAACAGAAAUAAAAACUCCUCUACAGCAAGUGCCAAUCGAUGUGGCUGAACCGCCACCCGACUAUUCACCACCACCCAGAAGUCGAUCUUCCUCACCCAGAGAAAAUUACAAUCAUCACGGCUUAAGGACCAAACCUUAUGCCCAUUCUCAACAGCAAAUGUAUACACCUUCAGCACAACUGGAACAACAGCCGAGGGAAGCUCAAACUUUAAACAGGAAACAAAACCAACGCACUAGAUUUGCUCGCAAUACACCUUCACCACCUGUGGUUAUAUCACAACAUCAGACACUGAGACCCAGCAUGUUAACACAAACCACACAGACUACACCUUCAACCAUUUCAACAUCUACCGUGGCAUCUCAUCGCUCCAGUAAAGUAGGACAGGCUAUAGGCAAUUCGUUGAGAAAACUUGUUGGCAAAUUGAGAUCAGCCAGUGUGGAACGUAAAUUACGCAUGAAAUCUAAAUCCAAGUCACGAGAACAAUCUCCAGCUCCAGCCACCCAUCAAGAACAACAACAACUACGCACUUAUCAGCAAUACAAUGUUAUUGAUAGCCAUAUAGGAGGAAAACAUCAUACCACCUCCCACGAUGAGUCUGAAGAAGAAUAUAAUAGUCAACAAAGAAGUCAUUAUCCACCGGGACAAGAAGCUCCAAAUAAGUCCAAUGCUACUGUAGAUCGUAGAACUCUUCUACACUCAAGUUCUUCCCAUCCAGUGGGUAAUAAUCGUGACAAUGGCUAUAGAGUAAUGAGUCCUAAGCAUCGCUACUAUUUGGGUGAAGAUCCUUACUCCAGUACCCUGUAUGGUAAGGAGAAUGUACAUGAGACUAUGAAAAUGCGCAAUGGAGCUGCAGCGCAGCCCUCAAACUACAACAACCGAGAAUCUUCCACCUCUUCUCACACUCUAGGACGUUAUCAGAAGAGCAAUCAACGUAUGUCGGGCUCCACGCCUAAUCUCAAUCAGGCAUAUCGCUCCACCCAAACAUUGCCGCGUAAACUCAACGAUCAUCCAUCUGUACAUCAUUAUGAAACACAAACCGUUAAUAUAGCCCGUUCGAAUGCUACUAGCAAAGUUCAAAGUAAAUUACGGCAACAACAACAAGCGCCCUCGGAACAACGUAUAUCUUAUCAGCCGAUUAGUCAAAACACUGGACCUCUUAAGCCGGCCAGAACUUAUGCCAAGUCACUCAAUCGUAGUAAAUCAUUUAGUGUUCAUGCCAUGAACGGUAGCAAUGAUCCUAGUCCCAUUUAUAUGGAAAAAUUAACGAGCAACAACUACACGAACAACAAUCUACACUCUAGCCAGGCGUAUAAGUCAAAUCCUCAUCUCUACUCUAGUUCCAAGGAAAAUACAUUGCAACAAAGUGCCCUCAAAAGUCCAUCGAUUGUUAAUCUAAUAAGUCGUAGCCAAAAGGAUUUAACAAAAAUCGGAACAAAUGACGACGAUACUGAUCAUUAUGCCGAAAGGCAAAUGUAUACCAACAAUAAUCGUCAUUCAAUCACCAAACAACAGCAAUAUGACGAACGAAAAGUAAUGCCAGCUUAUAGAUCUGGUUCGUAUAUAGAAGAUGAUUAUAAAUAUCGACCAGCUCCACAUUAUCAAUUGCAACAGAAGCAUUCAUUAGAAUCUCGCGGCUCUGUGGAUAUUAACAAGGAUACCGCUAGUAUUAUAAGACACGAAGAAUAUGUUAGGCAAAAACGAAAUCCACCCUCUGGAUCCACCAUUAUUAAAGUACGCAAUAUGGAUUAUAGAAAAUGAGCAUUUUUUUAAAGAAAAUAUUUCUGAAAGAAUUUAUAAACGAGAACUGAAUACUUUAUACUUUUAAUAAACCUCCCGCUGCAAACACCAACUUACUCAGUUUCCGAUACGUGGGGCACCCACACACACAAAUAAAAACCAUAUAGAUUACUGAAAACCCCUUGCUUUUGGCUUUAGUUUCAUUUGACAUGUUAGCAAAUAAAAAUCCAAAGCCAUUUUAAACGAAUUUUAACGACAUACAUAUGUUCGGAUUUUUAAUAUCCGUAUCCUAAUACUAAUAACUACUAUUUUAAAAAUAAAACAUCAUUUAAAUAAAACGUUAAUGGCUUCCAUUCUUAAUUUAAUACAAAAUAAAAUCUAAAUUAAAAUUAUUUAAACUUAAUUAAAAUUUAAACAAAAAGAAAAAACAUUUAAUUUUUAGUUAAAUUAAAAAACAAUCAAAUUAAUUAUUGUAUUAAUAUUAGUUAAGUAGUUUAAAAUCAUUUGUUAAAAAAAUAAUAAUAUAAUAACAAUUAAUUAUAAUCUGCUGACAUUAAAACAACAAAAAAAAUGUAUUAACCUAUUUUAAGUAUAAUACCAUUUAUUGUGGUUGUCAAAUGCAAUAAAGUGCCAAAAUUUAAUAAAUUUGAAAAAUAA